AGGGAACAUGAUGAUUAAAUUGCUGAUAGCUUCUGGUGGAUAAUAGAGAUAACUGAAUAGAAAUGGGAGGCUGUUGCUGCUGCUGUUCUAAAGAAGGUGGACUGAACAGUUCGCCACCAUUCUAUCAUUAUCCAAGAGUGUUGGAGGAGCACGAGCCUUUGUCAGCUCACCAUGGCACAGUCUCUGCACUUUCUACUGGGCUCUUAGUUGACACAAAUCUGGAAACUUCAAUUCCCGACACUUAUAGACCACCUCCAGCACCUUUGCCAUAUGAUGCAAAUCUUAGACAUCCUCGAACUCCACCAAGCAAUCAAGAAAGUUGUGGCAACAAGAAUGAUGCUGCAGUGCAUACAACAGAUACUGAAUCUGCAGAAGAAACAAAUGCUGGCAACACCAUGGAAACAUCGGAUAAGGACCUCAAGGGAUCCGACUGCAAAAUGCAAACGGAUACUGAACUUGACCCAUCAAAGGAUCUGGAGGUUGAACUUGAGAAGUCCGGUGAACUUAAAAAGUCCGGUGAACAAGAAGAAGAGGAUGUUUGUCCAACCUGUCUUGAAGAGUAUGAUGCUGAGAAUCCAAAAAUUAUCACAAAAUGUGAGCACCAUUUUCACCUUUCAUGCAUUCUUGAAUGGAUGGAAAGGAGCGAUACCUGUCCUGUAUGCGAUCAGGAAAUGAUAUUUGAUCCCACCCUUGAUGGCUAACUAUCUGUUACUCUUCAAAUUUCGUUCGAGUUCUUACCGUUUUGCAAUUGAAGUUAUGAUUGGGUGAAAAUUGUCGGUUUUUUUAGCUAUCAGUGCUCAGCUUUGGCCAUAGAGUGAUCAUUUUGUUUCUGAAGGAGAUGUAUCUCAUAAUGCCGAGCAUCAUUGUGUGUUCAUUUUCUUGAACUCGGAAAAAUAUAUGACAGAGAAGGGGAAGCAAAUAAUUCAAGGUAGAUCAACACAAAAAUUCCCUAGGUUCAUUUUCUGUUCUGUUUUUUGUAUAUUUUUUGUUUUCGGUUUUUUGUUUUCUGUAUAUUCGUCCUCAAUUUUUAGACAAGCAGAUUAUAGGUGACACAAUUGAAGAGUUGCAUAAAGGGUUUCCAGCAAGAUACUUAAACAUAGUGUUUUCUUUUCUCAAGUUUCGAUUGUUUGCCCCGUGGUGCUCUAUUUGAAUGUGAUUGAUUUGUAAAGUGGAACCAUCA